UGAGCUGUCGACAGAGACACACACUAUUACCAAAGAAGCUAUUCACAAGUGUGUUUGUUAAUUCGUUAGAGAAAGUAAAAAAAAGAAGAAAAAGUUCAAUACAUUUAUCAAUACUAGUAUCUGUGCGAAGUUUUGACGCUCGGAAACCACUUGAAACUUUUUGAACUCGGACCUGCCAGGCACAGACAGCAUGGUGUUAAAAUCGGAAGACGGCGUAGUGCCGGACGACCUUACCCCAGAGGAGAAGCAGGAGUUGGAGAAUAUCCGCCGGCGCAAGCAGGAGCUGCUGGAGGACAUUCAGCGGCUGAAGGAUGAGAUAGCAGAAGUGACAAGCGAGAUCGAGAACCUGGGUUCCACGGAGGAGAGGAAGAAUAUGCAGAGGAAUAAACAGGUGGCCAUGGGCCGAAAGAAAUUCAACAUGGACCCCAAAAAGGGAAUCCAGUUCCUGAUUGAGAAUGACUUGCUGAAGAAUACCAGCGAUGACAUUGCUCAAUUCCUCUACAAGGGCGAGGGCCUCAACAAAACAGCCAUUGGAGAUUACCUCGGAGAGAGAGAUGAUUUCAAUAUCCAAGUCCUCCAUGCCUUUGUGGAGCUUCAUGAGUUCACAGACCUCAACCUGGUUCAGGCCCUAAGACAGUUCCUGUGGAGUUUUCGGCUACCGGGAGAAGCUCAGAAGAUCGACCGCAUGAUGGAGGCCUUUGCUCAGCGCUACUGCCAAUGCAACCCUGGAGUUUUCCAGUCCACAGACACCUGUUACAUCCUGUCAUUUGCCAUCAUCAUGCUAAACACAAGCCUCCACAACCCGAAUGUAAAGGACAAGCCUACUGUGGAACGAUUCAUCUCCAUGAACAGAGGAAUCAACGAUGGAGGAGACUUACCCGAAGACUUGCUCAGGAAUCUGUAUGAUAGCAUCAAGAAUGAGCCUUUCAAAAUCCCAGAGGACGAUGGCAAUGACCUCACACACACUUUCUUCAACCCAGACAGAGAGGGCUGGCUGCUAAAACUCGGGGGACGAGUUAAAACCUGGAAGAGGAGGUGGUUCAUCCUCACAGACAACUGUCUGUACUACUUUGAGUACACAACAGACAAGGAGCCCAGAGGAAUCAUCCCACUGGAGAACCUGAGCAUCAAGGAGGUGGAGGAUAAGAAGCCUAACUGCUUUGAGCUGUUCAUUCCUGACAACAAAGACCAGGUGAUCAAAGCGUGCAAGACUGAGGCCGAUGGACGCGUCGUGGAGGGCAACCACACCUUCUACCGUAUCUCUGCCCCCACUGCUGAGGAAAAAGAGGAAUGGAUGAACAGCAUCAAAGCUGCCAUCAGCAGGGACCCCUUUUACGAGAUGCUGGCAGCCAGGAAGAAGAAGGUGUCGUCCAUGAAGAGGCACUAGAGCUGCUCCGCGCUCCCAAUGUUGCACUUGACAGAGCAGGGGGUCUGGGUUAUCUGCUCGCCCUGUCUGGGCUGGUGCAGAGGCCACGGUUGAGGUCUGCUUCAGACCUCUCCAGGGGAUUUCUGCAGGACACAUACUAGGUCUGGCUUUGGGACUCUACAGGCCAGAAAACAGGAAGCAUGCUGGGGUUUCUAGAUAACAGUCAGGGCCAAAGCCUCCUCUAACCUCCUGUCUGAAUGUCUCUUUUUCUCUCAGCUUUGUCUGUGCUCUCUGUCUAUGAGGCUGUUAGGGAAUCUUGCUGUGUAACUUUGCAAAAUCUCCUUCGAAUAUGCUUUAAAAAAAACACACACAAUUCUCAGAUACAUUGCACACAUAGACAACGUGCAUACACUCGUGCAGUCCCCCGUUACACACAUUGUUUAAACUCAGCAGGUCUGACAGAGUGUGGCACCCCAACCAAAAUAUUCCUCGCUUUCCGAAAGAAAAGACCUUUUCUGAUGUGCUUUAACAUGUAAGGGUCAUACGUGUCUAUUUUUACAGUGUUUACUGUCGAUAUUCCUCUGAAGUCUUUUGCGUUUGUUUGCUUUUGUAUAUAAAAAAAGGGUGUGGGGAGGGGGGCGGAUGUGGGAGGGAUUUGCCAAGUGUAAGUGAUUUUAUAGAAGAAAAAAACAAACAAGAACUGAAAAAAAAACGAAGAGUUGCCACUCAGGAGAUUGUUACGAUGUUCUGAAACUUUCCAUGGCGGCGGCGACAACACGGCAGCCAUGUGAGGAAUGAAAGCCUCAUCUGUGUCCCGGACUGAACUGUUUUUGCAAAUGUGAAGCUGUAGUGGGAGACAUUGCUGCAGAUGAGUCUGCUUGUCUGGACAGGGUCUCAGUCUUGGGUCUGGCUCUCGCUGUUCAUUUCCUGAAGGUCCUGGAGAGAUGCAUCCCGGGGAUUAAUGUCUUUUUUUUAUUUUUCUUUUAUUUAUUUUUUUAAAUGGACGAGCGUUUAUCAUCCUGAGCUUCUUUUUGAGCUCUUAGAUUGUCUGGAAAUUACAGGAGGUGUCCCCCUUUUAUCUUUUUUCUUUUUUUUUUUUUUUUUUUUUUUUUCCUCAAUUGUCUCAAACACCAGACCACUUUCUGUCAUUGUAUUAUAUAAAAAGCAAUUUAAAUGUUAGUUACUUUACUGCUGCACAGUGCCUGGCGCUCUAGAUAAAAUGUGAUAAGUAAAGCUGCUGGUUAGCGACAUUAUUUCAGUUUUCUUCUCCCAGUUGAACAACAUUUAAUCUUUUUUUCCUGCCUGUCAUAAACUUUUUCUUUGUGGAAUGUUACCAAAUGGAUGGUAAAACAAAUUACAUUUCAUUCUCAGCCCAACCUCAUUGAUCAUUGUACAAUGCUGUGUGCUUCAGGUUAUGUGUAAGACAUAAUAAUAUAUGACGUUGUUGUAGAGGCAAAUAAAUCUGUGGGCCACUGAAGCGAUGCCUGGAAAAAGAAUGGGUUGUCCGCUGUCUCAGGAUCCACAGUGUGAUGUGAAACAAUACAAAACUACUUGUUGUAUGAGGAAUGUACUGCGGUGAACCAAAGGAUGAAGGGGAAGGAUGGCUGAUUGGUCACUCUGAGGCAGUGACAUGUCAUCUUGUCAAAUAGCAAAAACUGCAUUGAGGUACAAACAAAUGCGGUCUGAGUUGUGCAUCAAGCAGUUGUCUUUUCUACUUUUGUCUAAAGUCGUCUCUCUUCUCUCCUCUGUGCCUGCUCGUCAUUAUCCUUACUCCCUGUUCUCUUCCUCUCUCCUUCUCUCAGUGCACUAAACUUAGAGAAAUAAGGAAAAAUGCAAAACAAUCAUAAUUCUAGACAGUAUUGGUUUAUUUAUCAAACUUGUACAUACUUAAAUGUAUAGUGGGUAAUUUGUCUUUAUUUUGUUUCUUAUUAGUUGUGCCAUUUUCUUUUGUUAUUCAGUUCAAUUAUGUUUGAUUUGAGGUUUUUAUCAUUACCAUUUAAUCAAGCUGAAAUAAAGACGGAUUUGUGACAAAA